AUGGAACCCACAGAAGAUAUCGAAGAGGUUCUUCGUGUGUGCACCUAUCAUAGGAGCGAGUUCGAUGACCUUUUGGUUAAGACGCCAAAGUCAAAGCUCCAAGCUCCAUUCAUACAAAACACAUUUGACAAACCUGACUUUGCGAGUCUUGGCGACCUAGAUCGCCUUCCUCAAGAGCUCAUACAAAUAGCACUUGAAGAGUUGGAUAUCGUUUCCUAUGUCAAGUUCCGAGGUGUCAACCAACGAGCACGCAAUCUAGCAAGCUCUAGCCGCGACUACACUGUUGUUGUCAAUCAUGGGUUGGAGGGGUUGAAAGCACUUCUCAGAGUGCAGACAGCCCAUCGUUUCACUCUAUCCCAUCUUUACCAAGCCCUCAUCAAUCCCAAGUGCAGAUACUGCCGCAAAUUCGGACCUUUCCUGUCCCUAUUCACUUGCAAGCGCGCCUGCUUCACAUGCAUCGAGAUCUCAAUGCCGUUAGGCGCCAUCGCAAUCCCCCCACCAAAGUACUUUUGCCAAACAGUCAAACUGUCAAAAGCACAAAUCGAGAGCGUCUGCGAACCCAAGCUGCGCGUUGUAUCUGGCAGCCACUAUGCUGUAGAGCCGUGGCCAAAGGUUAAAAAGCCAAAAUAUGUCGUUCGUUGUAAGGAUGCAUUUCCGAAGCUGCGUGCUUUGAACAGCAAGAUCAGGGUGAGAGAUAUGGAGUUGCCGCCACCAAAUCAAACUGUUAUGGAUGUAGAGCACAUGUACGCCUUGCGGUACAUGGCUUCAACUGUAUUUCCGUGGUACGACCCUAGUCGUGAUAAGCUCGAGACUGGGAAGAGCUGCGCAGCAUGUCAAUUUCGAGUUGAGGAGUAUGAACAUGAUUCUCCCGUUCCUUCAGUCCCACCUUGGGGUUACAAUGACAGAGACAGGACUUACACUGAUGAGGAGUUCAUGGAACAUUUUCGGUCGUGCAGCUUUGCCAAGGAAAUGUGGGCUGAUUUUAAGAAGAACGACUAUAUUCGAAGUUCACAGUUUACGAGGGCCGGUGGAAGACAUCCGAAUCCGUUUCUACGAUACGCGGAUUACUGA